UUUUUUCUUGAAUUAAAAUAAUUGAUAAAGUAUCAUAACGUAUGGAAUCCAAGUUAGAAGGUUACAGGAAAACUAAACGUCGCCAAGCUUUACUGAACGACUUCAAAGAUCGUUUUUACAACAUGGUAUCAUUUCAACAAGUGCGAGUCGAAGAGAAAGCAUCCCACGUCAUUGUUGAAGCAGAUAAUGUCCUGUCUACAGACGUUGAUGAAAAACAUGUAACUGAAGUAUCUGGGAGCUCUUUAUUAAUUUAUACAAAACCAGAUACCACUAUUCCGGAUCCUGAACUCUCGGAUAAUGAGAUAGAGCAACCGCUAGAAAAGCCUGAGAAAAAAACACGUUCCUUGUUGACGUAUGUCACAUAUCUAGUUUAUUUUCUGUUCUGGGCUACCCUCUAUGCAAUUGCGAUUGAGCUUAGGUUCGGGGUAGUAUUGAUGUUUUCCGCUUUGUUUGGAAUUUAUUUUAAUACUCGCACUAGAAAAGCCCCUGGCGAGGUUAGUGCGUACAGCGUUUUUAACAAAAACUGCGAAGCUAUCGAUGGUACCUUGAAGGCAGAACAGUUUGAACGAGAAAUUGGUAUAAGACAUUGACUAAAGUAGUUUGAUUACAUUGACUUGAAGCUAUUUCAAUAUCAGAUGUAUCUUAGUCAUAACGAACUGAACUCCUUAUGCCUG